UCUCCUCUUCUUCCCCACCCGGCCGGCAGGGAGGCGAAGCCCCAAAACCCUAGGCCAAAAAUCCCCAAUUCCAUCCCGAUUCAAUCCACCCGGAGAGGGAGAGAGAGAGAGAGAGAGAGAGGAUGCUGCCGGGGUCGGCGGCGCCGGCCGCUGGGAGCGGCAUGUUCGUGCCGACGCAGACGGUGGGGACGGUGCUGUGCUGCAUCUGCGGCGUCGCCAUGCAGCCCAACCCGGCCAACAUGUGCGCGCGCUGCCUCCGGGCGCGCGUCGACAUCACCGAGGGCGUCCCGCGCCACGCCGCCGUCGUCUACUGCCCCGACUGCACCUCCUACCUCCAGCCGCCGCGCUCCUGGCUGCGCGCCGGCCCGGAGUCGCCCGAGCUCAUGCAGAUCCUCCUCCGCCGCCUCAACCGCCCGCUCGCCCGCCUCCGCGUCUCCCUCACCGGUGCCGAGUUCGUCUUCUCCGAGCCCCACUCCAAGCGCCUCCGCCUCAAGCUCCGCCUCCGCCGCGAGGUCCUCCACGGCGUCGUCCUCGAGCAGACCCACCCCGUCGAGUUCACCGUCCACGACCGCCUCUGCGACGCAUGCUCCCGCGCCCAGUCCAACCCCGACCAGUGGGUCGCCGUCGUCCAGCUCCGCCAGCACGUCCCGCACCGCCGCACCUUCCUCUUCCUCGAGCAGCUCCUCCUCAAGCACGGCCAGGCUUCCCUCGCGCUGCGCGUCGCCGCCGCCCCCGGCGGCCUCGACUUCUACUUCGGUUCGCGCUCGCAUGCUGCCCGCCUCGUCGACUUCCUCGCCACCGUCGCGCCCGUCCACACCCAGACCGCCAAGCAACUCGUCUCGCACGACACCAAGAGCAACGUCUACAACUACAAGCACACCUUCUCCGUCGAGAUCUGCCCCAUCUGCCGGGAGGACCUCAUCGCCCUUAGCCCUCAGGUGUCCCGCGACCUUGGUGGCCUUGGACCACUUGUUCUCUGCAUCAAGGUCACUAAUGCCAUCGCCCUGCUUGAUCCCCUCACACUGCGUGUGCACCACCUUGAGGAGAAGAAGUACAGGGUGUACAACUUCAAGGCUGCUCUCACUAGCAAGCAGCUCGUGGAGUACAUUGUUCUGGACAUCGAGCAUGAGUCGCCAGAGAUCACCAUUGAUGGAUCUCGGUACCAGUUGGCUUAUGCACAGGUUGCCCGUGUGUCGGAUUUUGGGAAAAACGACACCAUAUUUACUGUGCGGACUCAUCUUGGGCACCUGUUGAGUCCUGGGGACCUUGCCCUUGGAUAUGAUCUUUAUGGUGCCAACUUCAAUGAUGAUAACAUGGACACAGCUAUGACACAGCACAGUCUUCCUGAAGUGAUUCUUGUCAAGAAGAGCUAUGAGAAGAGGCCACGUACACGCCGAUGGAAGCUGAAGAGGCUUCCAGUGGAGGAAGAUGCUGUAAACAAGGCCAAAGGGGAGGAAGAGAAGAGAGCUAAUGAGUAUGAGGAGUUUCUUAGGGACUUGGAGCAUAAUUCAGAUAUUAGAUUUCAGAUUGAUCUGUACAAGGAUGAGGACUAUAGGUCAGAGAUGGCAUCUACUAUUGGUGAUGAUGUUCCCACUGUACCAAUUGAGGAACUAAUUGAGGACCUAAGUCUUGGUGAUGAUGAGGAGGAUCAAGAGGAUGAAGGCAACGCGCAUACUGGUAUGGUGGCUUGAGUGAUCAUGCCUGCCUGUGCUGCCCCUCUGGUUAUGGUUUCUGUGAACUGCAGAUCAUAGGUCUAAACUGCAUCCGUUUAAUUCAUAUAAGUUUUGUUUUCCCUUAGUUCUAUAAGUUAAGCCUGGAGGUGUUCCUAAAUUUUGAAGUAUCGACAUUGUUUGUCAGGAUAGAUGUGUCACCCUUAUCCUGUAUCUGGUGUUGCAGCAUGCCUUAAAUUAUAUAUGUUUCAGCUAUUAUUAUUGUCUGUGAUAUUUUGUUUACUUGUCAUUGUGUGGCUGAUCACUACCUUAAAAUAGUUGUAGUUUGUUGUUUGAAUCGUUCCAGAUUCCUAUUUUACUAUACCUUUUC